AUGGCCGUUUGGAGCCGCAGACAGUUCUCCCUCAGCAGCGGUAACCCAAUGCCCGGUGCUAUUGGCACGGGCUUUGGAGGGCAGGGAGGUCCACCACAAGCAUAUUUUCAACGAUCUCAGCGACUACCCACGAAUACUAUUGUCAAGUUUGUCCCACAACAGACGGCAUGGAUUGUGGAGCGAAUGGGCAAGUUCAGUCGCAUACUGUCGCCCGGUCUUGCCAUACUGCUACCAGUGAUCGAGAGGAUUGCUUACGUCCAGAGUCUCAAGGAAUCUGCGAUCGAGAUUCCCAGUCAGAGCGCUAUCACGGCAGACAACGUCACAUUAGAGCUAGAUGGAGUACUUUACACAAGAGUCGUCGAUCCGUACAAAGCGAGUUAUGGAGUUGAAGAUGCAGAAUAUGCCAUUGGACAGCUCGCCCAAACUACCAUGCGCUCAGAGAUCGGCCAGCUCACUCUAGACCACGUUUUGAAGGAACGUGCGAAUCUCAACUCCAACAUCACCCAAGCGAUCAACGAAGCGGCGCAGUCGUGGGGUGUGGUGUGCUUGAGAUAUGAGAUUCGCGACAUCCAUGCACCUGAGGGCGUUGUCGCAGCUAUGCACCGACAAGUCACAGCGGAGCGAUCGAAGCGAGCAGAAAUUCUGGAAUCCGAAGGUCAACGGCAAAGUGCCAUCAAUAUCGCCGAAGGUCGCAAACAGUCCGUCAUCUUAGCCUCCGAGGCCAUGAAAGCAGAGAGGAUCAACGAGGCAUCUGGCGAGGCGGAGGCUAUCCUUGUGAAAGCGACUGCUACAGCUCGGGGUAUCGAUGCCGUCGCGAACUCUAUCCGGGAGGGUAAGGACAGUGCUCAAGGAGCUGUCAGUCUCAGUGUGGCCGAGAAGUACGUUGAUGCAUUCAGCAAACUGGCGAAAGAGGGUACAGCGGUCGUCGUGCCAGGAAACGUGGGGGAUAUGGGCGGCAUGAUAGCAAGUGCAUUGUCUGUCUACGGAAAGGUGACAGAGGGCCAGAAGAAGGCCGCCUCGGGUGCUUCUGCUCCCACGCAAGCGACCAGCAGGCAGAUCGGCGACGAAGUGAUUGAAGCUGCGAAACAAGGAUCAAGUCAUGAUGUUCAGAAGACGGUCUUGGAGGGCUUUGAAAAGUCCAGGGAGGGCAAAUGA